AGAAUGGGAAUUGACAUGAGCAGACCAGCUUCUUUAAGCCAACAGAUAUGCCAAGAAGGGCACCUGCUGAUUCAUAUGAAGAUGGAUAUUAUAACAACAGAGGAUAAACAACAAAAUUUGACUUUCAGGUGUUCUUUAUGUGACACUGUGUUAAAAAUGAUUGAUGUCGGUAAACUUAUCAAUCAUCCAGUAGUAACUGCUAUAGAUCACACUUCGCAAAAUAGCCAGACAACAAAUCAAACAGACACAAACACUUCAGCAAGAGAGUCAAGUUUUGUUGAUUUCGCACAAGAUUUUACAAAAACUGAGUUAGCUUCAUCAGAAAGAGAGUCAAGUUCUGCUGAGGUUGCACAAGAUUUUACAAAAACUGAGUUAGCUUCAUCCCAGGGAGAACGUGAAGAUGAGAUUUCAGAAAGAGAGAGUAAUUUUAAUGACUUUGCAGUAAAGACAGAGUUAGUUUCUCUCCAGGGCGAUUGUGAAGAUGACAUCGGCUUAGAUAUGCAUGUUGAAAGUUAUGAGAGUGUCGAGCUUGAUCUUGGAAAUAAACAAGAAAAUAGUGCAGCAAAUUCCAACCAGAUGCAACCUUUGACUAAUGAUACAGAAGCUGGUACCUCAUCUGUUCAACAAAUUGAUUCUGACAAGAGAAAAUCCAAUGCAAAUAGUGCAGCAAUUUCCAACCAGAUGCUACCUUUGACUAAUGUUACAGAAGCUGGUACCUCAUCUGUUCAACAUAUUGUUUCUGACAAGAGAAAAUCCAAUGCACCUUCUGGAUAUAAGGAACCACUAAGUAAAUUUUGCAAAUCGACUGAAGAUAGAGCUGUGUUCCAGUGUAGAGUAAGCGGGUGUGAUAAGGUGUUUAGCUCAAUGUGUGCCCUACAAAAACACAGUAGGACCCACACCGGUAUUUACCCAUUCAACUGUUUGGAAUGCAACAAAGGGUUUCACUCCAAAUCUAAGCUUGAAGACCACAAGAGGGCUAAUCACACGGAGGAAAAAUUCCAUUGCCUUCGCUGUGACAAGACAGUUAGUACUCUCCAGGGUCUCAAGCUUCAUGAUGAGCUGCAUGGAGAAAAAGUCCACCAGUGCCAUGUAUGUGAGAAGUCAUUUUCUUCAAGAACCUACCUCAGUCGUCAUCUGAGGACACACAUUGCCUGCUAUGACUGUAAUCUAUGUGAUAAAAGCUAUUCUAGUCAACAGCAUUUAAAGAUACACAUGGCCACUCACAGUGAUAAAACCUUUACCUGCAGCAAGUGCACAUUCAAAACCCAUUAUAACCACUCAUACAUGCGUCAUCUUAAAACACAUGAAAGAGAUCCAAAUCUGUCAGCUUGAAUAUUGCUUAAGAAAUUAAGUGGAAGUCAGUCUAAUUAUAACCUAACUCACUGUGAUUUAGAUCAGUUUUGAUCUUAAAACAGAGUCGGUAUGUUUGAAGACUCAGGUUAAUCUUUAAGACCAUGUCAGGCCAGUUCUGAUCUGAAAUUGCACUUUCAGACCAAAUCAGGCGCACAAGUGUUACAUCAUAACAUGAUGGCAAUUUUUAAUGGUUUAAGUCAAAUAUUUUUUAUGUAUAACAUUGCAUUUUUUCAAGAUUCUUGAAAUGUUUUCAUAUCCCAUUCUUUUAAAUAAGAGAAAUAUUCCAUUUUUGACACUUGUUAACAUGCAAAGGUUGACAUCUUUGGUGAGAAGCAUUGAUAGUGUCUUUUUAUUUCCCUUUGCAUCAGGUGAUUUUAUAUAUGAACACAGUGGUCCUGUUUUUGUGUUAGUGAUCUUAUUUGCUUUCAUUGGGUUUGUAACAUUAUGGCAAAAGGAUAUUUAUUGUCAUGGUUGUGCUCUAAUGGUCAGUUUUGUCACAUUGAACAUGUUACAAUAAUGAUUGUGCAAUGUUAUUUAAUCAGUGUCAUUACGUAAAAUUC